GGCUGUAUUAGAGACUUUGUUUUAAAAGAUGCCGCCUACACCGUGUGCGAGAUGCCAUACUUCUCGCGCGCUUAUAAUCCGCCCAAAGAAUCAAGAGAAACUCUGCAAAGCGUGCUUUUUGACCGUCUUCGAGACAGAGAUACAUGAGACCAUCAUCUCCAAUGCACUCUUUCAACGCGGAGAGCGCAUCGCAAUUGGCGCUUCAGGUGGCAAAGACUCCACUGUUCUUGCUUCCGUUUUAAAAACCCUCAAUGAGCGCCACGACUAUGGCCUCGAACUUGUGCUCUUGUCUAUUGACGAGGGUAUCAAAGGCUACAGAGACGACUCUCUGGAAACAGUCAAGCGCAACGCAGUCCAAUAUGACAUGAAACUGGAAAUUGUCGGCUACGGUGAGCUCUAUGGUUGGACUAUGGACCAAGUCGUUGAGCAAAUAGGGAAAAAAGGAAACUGCACCUACUGCGGUGUUUUCAGGAGGCAGGCCCUAGAUCGUGGCGCGGCCAGGUUAGGGAUCACGCAUGUGGUUACAGGGCACAAUGCAGACGACGUUGCUGAAACAGUAUUAAUGAAAGUACUACGAGGCGACCUACCCCGACUUUCUCGAACAACAAGUAUCGUCACAUCAUCAGCGGCGUCCGAUAUCAAGCGCAGUAAACCGCUGAAAUACGCCUAUGAAAAAGAGAUCGUUCUAUAUGCACAUCACAAGAAGCUCGACUACUUUUCUACUGAAUGCAUUUAUUCACCGGAAGCAUUCCGCGGAAGUGCAAGGACAUUGAUCAAGAACCUCGAGAGAAUUCGACCAAGCUCAAUAUUAGACGUUGUAAAGAGUGGAGAAGAUAUGGCAAAAUUGGUUCCACCUGAGGUUACUGGAACUAGUUGUGCAUCAGCUGGGGCCGUCAGCUCGGCCGACGGAGCAGAAGAAGGAGCAGGAGGCUGUGGAAGCGCCAACGGCAGAGGAAGCGGAGGAGAAAUGGCGCACAUGGAGAAGCGACUAGUUGAGAAUGAGGCUGCUGAGGGACGGGAAACAGAAAUUACACUGCCAAAAUCAAGCACUGUGUCCAAUGGCCAGUCAAAGCAGCCUUCGAAUGCACAACAAGCUCGUCCUGCACGUAUGCCCAGGAAGUUGCCCCAACAGACGAUGCGAAAAUGUACUCGCUGUGGGUACCUUUCUAGCCAGGACAUUUGCAAAGCUUGUACUCUUCUUGAGGGUCUCAACAAGAAUAGGCCGAAAAUGCAGGUCGAGAUUGGAUUGGAAGAUGAAGAGGGCAGCUCUACAUUACGGAGACAAAUGGAGGGCAUCGCAUUGGCAGGAGCAUAAGAUCAAAGGUUUCACGAUUCUAUAUUAUGAUCAAUACCCUAAAUUUUUGGAGUUUCUUUUUGCAUAGAGCGCAGGUAGCA